GACUUCAGCAAGGACGUUACGGACGGCAUCUUUGAGAGCAUUUUGCGAGACUCUUCAGUAGCACCUGGCGAGUCCGAGGAUGUGACAAAGCUUAGAGCGAAGGUGUCGCAGCUCGAGACUGAAGUUUCAGGUCUGCAGCACGAGCUAUCUCAACGCCAGGCCAGCACUGUCGUUCCAGGGGAAGGCGAGCAGCUAAGUUUCGCAGCAACAGCGUCGGAGGAGCCUCCGCUGCUUGGAGCUGCCUAUCAGCAGAUCUCGGUUCUGAACACACAGCUUGCGCACCUCUACACGGAGCUCACGCUUUCUCGGACCGAGGCGGCGAGCCUUCGCGCCGACAAGGAGCAGGCGGAGGCCAGACCGGAACUCGCCAACGAGAAGCUUGCAGCUUCAGAGGCUGCUGUUUCAGCAGCACAGGCCGAGAACCAACGGCAAGCACAGCAAAUUGCUGAUCUGGUCAGUGACAUUCGGCACCUUCAGCUGGACCUCGAGUACCACCAGCAGAAGGUCGAUCAGCUUUUAGAGGAGAAGCAGGUGGUCAUGAAAGACAUGAAGUCUUUACAGCAGGAGGUGACUGAGGCCCGGCAGCAACUUGAAGAAAAGGAGCAAGUCCUCAAGCAUCAGGAGGUGGAUCUCAUGCACUACCGUCAGCUUGAGCAGCAAAGUCCUCGUGGAGGUAAAGACGGCGAUGACGGCGUGCUGGAUGCGUUGCGCACGGAGGCUGCUGCGAAGGACAGUGCCCUCAUCGUCUCCCAUUACGAGCUCCACAAGGAGAAGCUCAUGCGAGAUCGCCUAGAGCAGAAAAACCUGAAGCUCAUGGAGCGCAUGCAAAAGCUGAUGAUGGUAGUGGAAACCAUGCGGAAGGACAACGUCAACUUGGAGCGUUCACUCGCGUCGAAAGACCGGAUGUACGAGGAGAAAGAUGCACAGCUCCGAAUAAUCAUGCAGAAGGUUCGGCAACUGCAGAAAAACACAAAGGGCAAACCCAAAGGGGCGGCAAAGGCCAAGGCACCACAGCCGGUUCUAGAGCUCGAAGGUUCCGUGCAGAACCUGCCACCUCUUGAGUCGUCCAGAUACUCGGGUCCGGCAAGUGGAAAACAGAGUGGUCGCUCUACUCCACGGGGUGGGUCACCCUACACAGGCCGACCGUGA